AUGGACGCCUUGGGCACCUAAAAGAAGGCAGUCCUCGCCCCCCGUUUCCUUCCUCGCUCCACCCUCCUCACUGCACGAGCAGCCAAUCGGGUUGUCGCUCUCCACCAGAUUUGGGGGCGGGGUCCACGCAGCAGCUGUCCGGGAAAUUUCCUAGCUCCCCCUGCGGUGGGUUUCUUUCUCUUGGUAACAUAGAGGAAGAGAAGGCUGGGAGAAUGGGAUACUUCUGGUUCUGAAUCGAAGGCCGUGUCUGGUCUAUGCCAACGCACUAGAAACAGGGAAGAGAAAGAAAAGGAGACUCUGCGUGGACGCAUCCAUCAUCACAGGCUUUUAUCGGCCCUUUUCAUUCGGAACCGAGCUAACGGCGAGGAUGAUCAUGAGGAAGAUGAAGAGUACUUAUAUGCCGCUUUAGCAAAAAGUUCACAAAGCGUUUUUGCAUAACAAUAUACACGGCGCUUAGUGUAGCAAGCGCUCUCGUGGAUUACGAUCCGCUUCAUCAUAUGCAAUGGAUCAAACUGAAGCCCAGAGACAUGUGUUUGGGACGGUGGCCAAAUAUAUUAGGAGCCACUUAAUGGUGCAGCAGUGAAAUGACUUGACUAACAAGCCAGAGGUUGACGGUUCAAAUCCCUGCUGGUACGUUUCCCACCUAUAUCGGGCAGCAGCGAUGUAGGAAAAUGCUGAAAAGCAUCGACUCGACAACACACUUUAUUUUACUUUACAAAUAUACUCAGUAAGUAAUAAUGAUGCCCCUGUGUCCAAAGUCUGAACCCUUCCCCUAGCCCUGUUCUAAAAAUGUUGCUGUCACUCACUGCUACAUUCUGUUCCUCCAUUUGGGUCUGAUCUUUAGCACCUAACUGAACAUAAACUGGCCUCGUUAAUGUUUGCUGCCGGAAGUCGAAGUGUCCUGCCAAGUCAGCAACGAACUUAUUUCAGUCAGAAGGGAAGGAAAAGCGAGAGGAAAAGGUGUGGUCCCUUUGGCGUAUUUUAGGAAGAAGAACAUGCCAACCAGUUGCCUCUUUCAGUCUUCGCAUGCUCAUUUGUUUAAAGAGCCUGCAAGUCUGUCUGUCUUUAAAGAUAGCAGCAUUGCUUAGCAAACUGGGUAGAUCCAAUUCUGAUGCCAAGUAGGGUUGCUUCAGCCACAGUGAGUCAGGGCUGGGAGAGGCUCGCUUUUCCCACGGCUGCACCUUCAGAAGACAAAGUGGAUCAUCAGCUGGCAACGGGCCUCUUUUGACCAAGAUGGAUCUUUGGAGGCUUGCAUGGCUUCUGGUGCACUGCAGAGCUGUGGCUGCCAACUCAGGCUCAUUUUGGCACAUCACGGACCUUCAUCUGGACCCGGAGUACACACUGACGCCGAACCCAUUACAGGUGUGCCCAUCUGCAGGCUCCCAACCAGUACCCAAUGCAGGGCCUUGGGGAGAUUACUUGUGUGAUGCUCCCUGGAUCCUGGUCAACUCUUCUGUCUAUGCCAUGAAGGAGAUCCUCGCUGACCCAGACUUUAUUCUCUGGACUGGAGAUGACACUCCUCAUGUGGGUAAUGAGAAACUGAGUGAAAAAGCUGUGUUGCAGAUAAUCGAACGACUAACCAACCUGAUCAAACGUGUCUUUCCAGGCACUCCAGUCUUUCCUGCAAUGGGCAACCAUGAUUUCCACCCAAAAAACCAGUUUCCACCCGAGGAGAACAGGAUCUACAAUGCCACAGCGGAAAUGUGGCGCCUCUGGCUUGGUGACAACUCUACACUUGCCUUCAAAGCAGGUGCUUUCUACAGUCAGCUGCUGCCUGGUCCUGGCAAAGGAAGGCGAAUGGUUGUCCUCAACACAAACCUGUACUAUGAAAAUAAUAAUCAAACCCUCAGCCUGCAGGAUCCAGGAGGCCAGUUCCAGUGGCUGGAAGAAACGUUGGCCAAUGCUUCAAAAGCAGGAGAAAAGGUCUAUAUUAUUGGGCACAUCCCACCAGGCUUCUUUGAGAAGAAACGAGGCAAGCCCUGGUUCCGAGAGCACUUUAACCAAAGAUACACAGAAAUCAUUCAGAAGCAUCAUGGAGUGAUUGUGGCACAGUUCUUUGGACAUCAUCACACUGACAGCUUUAAAAUGUUUUACAGUAACACAGGUUCCCCGGUCAGUGUCAUGUUUUUAGCUCCAGCAGUAACCCCCUGGAAGACCACUUUACCCGGUGUGCACAACGGAGCAAACAACCCUGGCAUCCGGGUCUUCACAUAUGACCGAGACACCCUGCUAGUGAAGGAUUUGACGACUUAUUAUUUAAACCUCUCCCUCGCUAACACAGAGUCCCCCAAAUGGGAGAAGGAGUAUAGCCUGACGGAGGCUUUCCAGAUCCCGGACGGUUCUGUCCUUUCCAUGCACGUCUUGCUGGAGAAGCUCAUGAAGAACAACAGUCACUUCCAGCAGUACUACCGCUACAACUCAGUUCAAUAUGACCUCACAGACUGUGACAAGAGCUGCCAGACCGACCACAUCUGUGCCAUCGGGGAGGUCGAUUUUGCAAAAUACGACCAGUGUAUUAAAGCCAGGAGCACCGCACCAGCGUCCCCCAUCCCAAUGCUCAGCCUCCUUUUAUUUUGCUCAGGGAUGGCGCUUGUUACUCUCGGCCUGUGGGGAGCCUUGAACAGACUGGUACAGAAGUAGGGCCACGUGGAUUCCAUAUGCUGGACAAAAAAAGCAUAGAGCGGAACCACCACCACAGGGACUAGCACCUUGAGAAUCUCAACCUUUUCAUUUUUUAAAAAACAAAGCUAGAUUCCCGAGUACAUAUACAGAGAGACAAGUGGGUGCCAAUUGCAUGCUACCUCCUUUAAAAAAUGAGAAUCAUUUAAAUUGCAACUCUGAAUGCAUAUAAGAACUUGUGAAGCUGCUUUGUAUUGAAUUGGACCACUGCUCCAUCGAAGGAGAUGGCCUGACUCUACACUGACUGGCAGAAGGCAGCAGCUUUUCAGGGUUUCAGACAGGCCUUUCCCAGCCCUUCCUGGAGUCGCCAGAGAUCAAGCUUGAACCUCUGCAUACAAAUCAGAUGUUCUUCUACUGAAUUACAACCGUUUCUGUGUCUUAUCGAGAUAAUUCUACUGCAACAAGAUUCAAAGACUUUGAUCGCAUAUUACUUUUCUUAGAAAUCACACAGGACAAUCAAGACCCAUUGAUAGGCAUAAGAACAGCCUUGCUGGAUGAGGCCCAAGGCCCAUCUAGUCCAGCAUCCUGUUUCACACAGUGGCCCACCAGAUGCCGCUGGGAAGCCCCCAGUUCCCUUUGCCUUUCAGGGAAAAACAAAUAUGGCUUGCUGAUCCUUUGCUGCAACUGCAUACCGAAUUUGGAUUGGAUCCCACACCUCUCCCACUGACUUGAAUUGCUGAACCACUGAGUAUUCUGGUAGGGAGGAGAAGGGAAAGUUGUAAUGUACAGCAGCAGGCUCGUUUAAAGGCACACAGAAAGAACAGUAGUAGUAAAGCUCAUUCACAUGUUAUAUUUGUACAGUGUACACAGGAACAGAUCUGUACACAGGUGCACCUAUUCACAUGUUAUGCUGAAUGCAGGUACAGAAGUACAUUUCCUAUCUGUACCAUGCAUUUGAAGGGCCUGUAUCCAGGUUCACAAAAACAUGUGCAAGUGUACAGGCAUCUGUACACUAGUGUAAUGUCUGAAUCAGCAACAUGCACUGAAUAACAACCUUAUCUGCCGUAUGGGGAAAGAGACUUCAUUUGAAUUAUAUUUUUCUUUGAAUAGA